GGUUCAAUGGUAUAUAAGAUAACAACGAUCAAGUCAGAUGAACGUAAUUGGUUGGAUUAUAGAGAUAUAUCAACUUUAUCAAUUUGUGAUCUUCGUGAAACUAUAAUAGAAAGGUUAAAAGAUACACAUGGUGAUCUAUUAUCUUCUGAUAUUAAGAUUCCAUCAGAUGAAUGGAUUCAUCUCCAAUUUUGCUUCACGAAUACUACUACAACACGGGCAAUGUAUUAUACUGGUUGGUUCAACAUAAAAUUUAAAGUACAAAGUCGAAUGCUUCGAAAAAAUAGUGAAGAUGCGCAUUACUGUGCAGCACUUUUCCGAUGUCUUAGAGAAUUUUGUAUACAAUACCAUCAGUGGACUUGUUUAAUUUUUGCUGAUAACAAGCACAAAAUUCCUAUUGGUGAAGAUACUGCAGUUUCUACGGGUAUACGAAAUCGACGCUCUAUAGUUUCUCAAGAAAGCACUUUGGCUGCUACUGAUCAUGAUUUUUCAAAACUAUCUCUAACACCAUCAGUUAUUUUUUUAUAUCUAUUUCUAAUGAUAUUUCAGGAUCAUUUUAUAAUGGACAGGUCGCUUAAGCGUGACUCAAUGAGUCCUGAAUCUGAAUUAUUAUUUAGAAUGACAAAUACUUUAGAUGAUAUAUACAAUAAAGUACAGAAAUUUAGUAAAUUAGAAUCCGAGUUAAAAGAAUAUAUUUUAGAUGUUCAAGAACUAUUAAAUAGCCGAACUGAAUGGCUUCGAUUAAAAAAUAAUAA